AUGAGCCAUCCAGCCCAGCACUACCCGCCGCCCACCCUCCCCGACUCCAAGAGCGCCGCCUCCGACUCCUCGCUCUCCAAAACCAGCUCGUCCUUCCGCCACAGGACUUUCCACACCGCAUUCGGGCCCCUCUCUGUAAAUAACUUCCUGCGCAAAGACUGGAUCAAGUACUAUGUCUUCCUCGUCCUCCUGCUCAUCGCCAUCGCCGUCGUCGCCAUUUACCACCACCAGAUCGUCAUCGCCCUGCACCCGUUCGUGCUCUCGAUGCGCAACCUCAAAAUCAACGGCGUCGAGGUGGGCUGGCUGAUCCCGGUCGCCGUGCUCUUCAUCAUCUCCUUCCCGCCCCUCUUCGGCCACGAGAUCGUCAUCAUCCUGUGCGGACUCGUGUGGGGUCUGUGGCUGGGCUUUGCGAUCGUCUGUCUCGGCACCCUGCUGGGCGAGCUGGCCAACUACUGGACGUUCAAGUACGCCUGCUCGGGCCGGGCGGCCAAGCUGGAGAAGAAGGACCUGAACUACGCCUGCAUGUGUGUCGUGAUCCGGGAGGGCGGCUUCUGGAUUGCGUUCUUAGCUCGACUGUCGGCGAUUCCCGGCCACCUAGUCACCCCAGUGUUUGCGACGACGGGGAUGUCGCUGACGAUCUUCACAGCCGCGACGGUGCUCUCGAUGCCGAAGCAGCUAGCGGGGGUUUAUCUGGGCACGCUGUUCAACACCUCCUCGUCGACGGAGGAGCAGCAGGGGGGCAAAGGCUCGAGCGCGGUGAAGUACUCCGUGCUGGGGCUCACCUUCCUGGUCACCGUCGUCGCCGCACUGUACAUCUACAAGAAAAUGGCCACCGCAAGGGCCGCCGUCCAGCGCGGGCCCGCCGCCCCGCUGCCCCUGCACCGCCACCCCGACUCCCCGUCUCUCGAGCACGCCGGCUUGCGGGACACGCGCGCCUACGAGCAUGCCCCCUCACCCCACCCCGGCCCCCGCCCGUCCGCCUCCUCCGAGUAUCUAGGCCCGCGCCCCGGAAGCCCCGCCGGCUCCGACGACCCGUGCAACCCGUUCGCCGACCCCCGUCCCGCGCCUCGCCGCCCCCAGAGCCCCGGCCCGAGCCCGGCCGCCGAGGGCCCGCUGCCCUGGCCGCCCUCCGCCCCCGCGUCGCCCGCCCUCCCCUCGCCCGACCCGUUUGUCGACCCGCCCUACCUCCCCAUCCUUCCCCGCCACUCCGAAGGCUCGCCGCCGUCUCAUUACCCCCCAAGCCGCCGCUUCUAG